AGUACCUAAGUGCAUUCCCCUUCUUCUCGCCGAUAUAGGUGUCGGUUCUCGUGUGCUUUCCAAACAAAAGCUGUGUGCUGGCCUCAUCUCUAUUCUUCCAUUCAAACUUCGUAUGAGCUUAUUGAUUCGUCUAACUCUCCAGCACUGCUGUUGCGAUUGGUGAAAGUGAAUUGGUACAACAGUGAUAGAGAGCAAGCAAAAUGAGCUAGUAGUCAAUAGUUCUAUGCUACAACCAACUCGUCCAAAAUUUAGCAAUCCAGAAGCACGAUUAAUAUGCUUGCCCCCGGGCGUUCGCUGGUUCGCCGGCACCUUGGGACGAUUGCUCUGGGCUCGUCCGCCUGCGUUCUGUUUCUGAAGUACCAGUCGGAUCGGGCGCACAGAAGGGCGAAAGAGUACCAAAUAGCGCCGAUCCAGCAAGUCAUUUCUGAAAAUCACCUGCACGUCGAUGGCCGGCCUCCGUGCGGGAGCGACGUUUUUCCCUACAAAACCUCGAUCACGGAAUUCGACCGGUUGAGGACCUACUACGAGUUAUCGUAAGGAAAAAUCCCCCCUCUCCAUGUCGAGAAGAAAACUCGUGAUGCUGAUUUGUGACCACGAAUCAGCUCUGUCUUGCGUACAAGGCAAACGGCACCCAUGUGGCGCAUUGUGCAGCGAGUCUGUCAUGCGGUUUCGCCUAUGUAAGACUUGUUCCUCAUGCUCAGCUGCUAGCCGGCUGCGUACCCAAAUACGCUUCAAAUAUGCCGGCAAGCUCUUGCUGCAAUACAAAGCUCAUUUGUGCACACAAAGCCAGCAACGCAAAUUUUCUUGUGAAUAUGGGGUAGGGGCUUUUUUCAUUUUGAUACGAGCUACUCUUGCAACCGGUUAUCGACAAGCUCCAGCUAACCAAUGGGUACGUGAUUGGAACUAUGCAUUGCAAAAGUACUUCUAUCGGACUACUACGACGUGCAUCACAAAUGUUUUCAGAAAGAGAGUUGGAGUUUGUCAUGCUGAGAUAGUAGCUAAAAAAUCCAGGGCUGUCGUCAUGCAAAGCUGGCAUAAUUGAUAUGAGCUCGAUAUUACUUUUGCACUGCAUAGGAACCAUCGCCAGCGCACUCGUGGCCCACCGCUGCUACACAAUUUUCCAGCAAAUCAUGACGGUGAGAUGCGGUGACGUGGCGUACAAUUUGCGGCAGCCGUACGAAGAGAAUCGUUGGGAACUUGGCAAAAUUCUGGGAACUACGAUUUGGUGUUAGAACUCAAAUUCAGCAGGACACUACAACUUCUGACUAUGGUUCGGACUUUGUUUCAGGCUGCGCGCGCGGACACCCCCGCCCCUCCCGACAGCCUUUUUGAUGUUGCUUAAUGGCCGCGCAACAGUUGUAAUUAAAAUUAUGGUGGGACUAUGGGGAUUGCCUGUGCCUGCCCUGCCUUUCAGCGACUCCAUUUUUGGUAUGCCGGCCACAGGCUCCAUCCCAGGACCACUCGCAUCUGAUGCGACACAGGUCCUUUUGUGGGCCAAAGAGCGAUGGAGAAUUCCGUUCCAGUUAUUGUCAAUUUCCCAGAUGAUUAUGGCACGCUUAUAUCCCGGACCUCCUACACAUGCGGCGACGAGUGUUGUCCCAGGGAAUCUACGCCAACGGACUGCUGCCGAUCGGUUUGCUGUGCUGCGCCGGUGGGGUAGCGUUCGGGAUACGGGAAGCGAUUGUGUCUCCCGUCGACCUCGAAGAGGUCGGCGAAGUUCCCGAAACAGCAUCGGCACUCAGCACCGGUGCACGGCGAGAAAGUGGAAAUAAAAUCCGCGGUACAACACCCCACGCAGCUUCGCCCUCUACUUUUCUCGAACAGCUCCGCACGGACGUCUUCGGCUAUCCGUUGCUCGUUCUGAGAGACGGCCUGUCGCCGGUGUUGCGGAGCCUGUCGUCCUCAAAUCUGGCGGAAUUCUCCAAUUUCGUGAACUCCGCGACGCGGUAGGGAAUACCUUGAAAAGACAGCGGCGGGGCAGGAACGUAGUAAAACGUGGCAGGAGUAUGUGCCUAGCAGUGACUUGGACGACUCAGGCACGAAGGACGAGGCAGAGGCGGAGGAGUCACGAAGCGACUUUCCUCCACUGUAGACUCAGUCUGAAUCGCUGGUCGGGGGAGCCGCGGUGAGCGGCAGCAAGACCGGAUAGAACAACUCUAGCAGAACUUGUGCGAAUAAAUGCGCAACUAAGUUGUACUUACUCAGCGCUUCUGUAGGUGUGGAGGCAUCAACUUGGAUCUACUCGAAUCGCCGAUACAACCGAAAGGUGGAGCUUUAAUCUUCUCUUUCCAAGACUGGAAACCUAAAU